AUGUGGAAGAAUCUCAAAGAUUUCAAGAAUAAACAUGCCAGCAAAUUUGGGUCAGAGCCGGCUCCUCCGAAGAGGGAGCGCGGUCAAGAUCUGACCACUGUCCUGGAUCGCUCCCAACGUGCAGACCUCACAGUCCUUGUCGCUGAGAUCACCCAGUGCAUGCGUGAUGUAAUUGAGAAUAAUUACCACGUCACUACACCAGUACUUAAUGCUUCAUCUUCUGAUAGAAGGGAAGAAGUUACCGGGAACGAGACUGAGUCGGGCUCAGUCAGCCCAAAUAAUCCACCAGCCGUUAAGCUCACCGCCAGCGACCUAAAAGAUGAGGCCAGUGCCCUGACAAAUUUCGAUGAUUGGAGAGACUCGGUGCUUCUUCGUAUAGGUGAAGUCGUCAAUAGAGAUGAGGAAGCUCAUGAUCAGGAACUUAAUACUAGUCCACAGGUAACCCUACAGUCCCAACCACAGUUAGAUGAGGACGAGCUUUCCCUUACCAAGUUACGUGAAGUUUUUCGGCCGGUGGAAACGCCUCUCGUGCAUCUUGACAAAGCGAAAAGGCUGUUGAUUCUCCACUCACUUCUUCUAUUGCUACUCAGCCUAGAACACUACAAUGCUCGCUCUCGGGUCUUGAUGUUAUAUGCCUCAUCUAGCUUGAACAUAGAUGUAAAGAUCCUGAAUGGCGAUGAGAUUGAAGUCGCACGGGUUUUACUUGACGCGGCGCUUGAGCUCUCAGGCGACCCCGAAGCACAAACCCAGAGGCUAAGUCAUGACCCCUCCAGGAAAUGGAAAGUUGGGAUAGCUUCUGUGGCGGGAGCCGCGUUAAUCGGAAUUACUGGUGGACUUGCAGCGCCAUUGGUUGCUGCCGGCCUUGGAACUGUUUUGGGAGGGGUUGGACUUGGUGCUACGGCAGCUGCGGGUUAUCUCGGUGCUCUUGCAGGUAGCGGCGUCAUUGUUGGCGGUCUCUUUGGCGCUUACGGGGGCCGGAUGACUGGGCGUAUGGUGGAUAAGUACGCACGUGAAGUGGACGAUUUCGCAUUCCUGCCUAUUCGCGGCUCUAAGGAAACACCGAAAGAUGAAAAGGAGGCUGCUAAACAAGACCACCGACUACGAGUCACUAUUGGAGUUACAGGUUGGGUUACUGAAGAGGACAACUUUGUUGUCCCAUGGCGUGUGAUAGGUCCCAACUCAGAAGUGUUUGGGUUACGAUGGGAGAUGGAGCCUUUGAUGAAUCUUGGAAAUGCCAUGGACCUUUUGGUGACAAGUGCUGCGUAUACUGCAGGAGAACAGGUCCUAAAGAAAACCGUUUUCGCUUCCCUCUUAAGCGCCGUGGUUUUACCUCUUGGUCUUCUUAAGGUGACCAAGGUGGCUGAUAACCCCUUCAGCGUUGCGAAGGCGCGGGCCGAAAAGGCAGGGGAAGUCCUUGCGGAUGCAUUGGUUAACAAAGUCCAAGGCGAGCGAUCAGUGACUCUUAUGGGAUACUCUUUGGGUUCCCGUGUCAUCUUUGCAUGCCUUCAGAGUCUGGCAAAGAGGCGCGCGUAUGGGUUAGUAGAAUCUGUGAUCUUCAUGGGGUCUGCCAUCCCGUCCAAUACCGAGCACUGGCGUCGAAUACGGACCGUCGUGAGUGGACGGCUCGUCAAUGUUUACUCCGACAAUGAUACCAUUCUCGCUCUUCUGUACCGAACUAGUAGCUUGCAACUUGGCGUGGCAGGUCUACAGCCUGUUGAAGGCGUGCCGGGUAUUGAAAACCUUGAUGCAAGUGAUAUCAUCAGCGGCCACCUUCGGUACCAGUUCCUAGUUGGGCAUAUUCUUAGUCGCGUAGGAUUGGAGAGCAUCGAUACCGGUGAAAUGGCAAGGGAGGAAGCGGCGUUGGCUGCCAAGGACCGACGACAAGAACAGGAACGGAUCCAGAACAAGCGCCGGGCAGGUAUUGAAGAUGAUGAGACAGCCCGUCGGCUGUUAGAAAAUGAUGAGGGCGCGAAAGAGGGCGAGCGUCUUCAAAGACAGAUCCAGGAGAGGACCAAUGAGCACUUGCCUUCGGGACGUCGCAGUCAUGAGCGACCAUCCCUCCCUGAGCGCCCUAAAACACAGGCUGUUGAAAAGAACAGUGAUGGUUUCCCACCACGUGCCAAAAUUGAGCGGCGACCUGUUCCUUCCCGUUCGGCAGAAGGACCCUAG